AUGCCGACAUUCUUCAACCUACCCAGCGAACUGCGCAACGCCAUCUACGAAGACCUCGUCAUUAGCGCCGCUAUCAUAAAAUGCACAAGCUUCGACCCCGUCCCGCCCCCAGCCGUCACCCGUGUCUGUCGACAGAUGCGGCAGGAAGCCAUAUCGAUGUACUACUCUGAGAACAGCUUCCGGCUCCGCCAAGCAGUCUACACAUGCGAAGCCGCACGCCGAAUCUCCGUUCUCGACAUGUACCUGUGCACGUACGAGCGCCCCAGCUCUCGCAACAGUCCGAUAGGGGUCCUGGGCCAUUGGAUCCAGAGCAUCGGGCUCGCGCAGUUCAAGUUUGUGCAAGUGGUACUGAUCCCGAUUAAAGACGCGUAUUCGGAAUAUGACGAUCCGCAUCAGUCCAAUCACGGCGCCUUGGUGUACAUUGCCUUCGGCAAAGGCGACAGGAAGUUUUCCGAGGCGGCGAUUCGUGUGGAUGUGGGGGAUGGCAUGAAGCGGUUCCGCCGGAUCGAAGAGGAGAACGAGGGCGGACGAGGACGGUUUGGGAAGGAGUACGAGUCGCAUUUCCGGACGAAGCCGUGGCUCAGGGGAUGCGCGCCGUUUAACCAUUUCUUGUUCCGGUAUCUGAGCUCGCUGGAGCCGGAGAUUAAUGGCCGGCAAGAGGUGCCUUUAAGCGCCGAGGGGAAUGGUGACAAGGACGGAAAUGAACUACAGGAGGAUUCGGGCGCUCAUCCAGAGGAAAUAUGCCCGCCCACACGCUUCUACCCAACUGCAGACCUCUUCUCCGUGCUCACCAUCCUCGACGACGCAAUGCAAUACCACUGCUGCUGCUGCAUGCGCGAACCGGCGACCGCGCGACCCACGCGGCCAACUGCAAAAUCCAAGCUAAGCUACGACGACGACGAAUUCAUGGGGUACACAGAGGACAGUUGGCCUUGGUACUGCGACGACGUAAACUGGGAGGUCCUUGAAGCCAAGCAGGGCAAGAAGAAGGAGGAAGAGGAGAACGAGGAUGAGAAUGAGAAUGAGAAUGAGCAAUGGGAUGAGGACGAAGAGGCGGAUCCGCGUGCCCGACGUCUAUACACCCACCAGCCGCGACUGCUGGAAGCGAUGAUGUGGGAGGGAUAUGAUUACGAGGAACGUUUUGAUGAGGCGAAGAUGGUGGAGAGCAAGAGCCGCUUUAAGUUUUACGAGUUAUGGAAGGAGAGGAGGGAGCGGGCUGGGUAUUGGGUCCCUACGCUUCGGCAGCUUGGGGGGAGGUAUGACUAG